CCUCCUUCUACUGCAGCAAGAUGGGCUUCGAGCCACUAGCCUACAGGGGCCUGGAGACGGGCUCCCGGGAGGUGGUCAGCCAUGUGGUCAAGCAAGGAAAGAUUGUGUUUGUCUUCUCCUCUGCACUCAACCCCUGGAAUAAAGAGAUGGGCGACCACCUGGUGAAACACGGGGAUGGCGUGAAGGACGUGGCUUUCGAGGUGGAAGACUGUGACUACAUCGUGCAGUAUGGGGACACCACCCACACUCUGGUGGAGAAGACGAACUACACUGGCCGGUUCUUACCUGGAUUCGAGGCCCCCCUGCUCAAGGACUCCCUGCUUCCCAAGCUGCCCAAGUGUGGUCUCGAGAUCAUUGAUCAUGUUGUAGGAAAUCAGCCUGAUCAGGAGAUGUUGUCUGCCUCAGAAUGUCUGCGCUCCAUUGUGGUGACCAACUAUGAGGAGACCAUCAAGAUGCCCAUUAAUGAGCCCGCAAUGGGCAGGAAGAAGUCCCAGAUCCAGGAAUAUGUGGACUAUAAUGGGGGAGCUGGAGUCCAGCACAUUGCCCUGAAGACCCAGGACAUCAUCACAGCGAUUCGUAGCCUGAGAGACCGAGGCCUGGAGUUCUUGAGUGUUCCGUCAACCUACUACAAGCAACUUCGGGAGAAUCUCAAGACAGCCAAGAUCCGGGUGAAGGAGAGCAUUGACGUGCUGGAGGAGCUGAAAAUCCUGGUGGAUUAUGACGAGAAAGGCUACCUCCUGCAGAUCUUCACCAAACCUAUGCAGGACAGGCCUACACUCUUCCUGGAAGUCAUCCAGCGCCACAACCACCAGGGUUUUGGAGCCGGCAACUUCAACUCGCUGUUCAAGGCUUUCGAGGAGGAGCAGGCGAUCCGAGGCAACCUCACAGAUCUGGAGACCAACGGGGAGGUGUCCGGCAUGUAGGCCYCGCCCACCGAAGGCCAAGCCCCUAGUACUGCAACACGCCCACCCUCUCCGCCCUCAAAGUCAGAUCCGAGGGUCUCGCUUCCGCAUUUAGACCCCAAUCGACUUCGGGAUCCAAGGCUCCGCCCACCGCUGACCACGCCCCCCUGGUUGAGCGACUCU